AUGUUGACAGCCAUGGGCGUGGAUUUCACAGACCAUACGAUCCUCAACAGUCAGUACGUGACAGCAGUGGACGAGAUAUUAAAAAUCAUAGCAGUCCGCUUCCGGAAGUUCUGGCUGCACAGCGAUUACACCUUCAGAUGGAGCAACGUGAGGAAGAAGCAGGACGCUUGUUUGAAGAUACUGCACAAUAUGUCUGAUACUGUGAUCAAAAGAAGAAAAACUGAAUUUGACAACAACAACAUACUCCCUGAAAGAACAACUGGAAAUACUUCAGGCAAAAAAUUCAAAGCCUUCAUGGAUCUACUCUUUGAGUUAUCCUUGGAGAAAGGAGUGAUGAACGACAGAGAGUUAAGAGAACAUGUAGACACGAUGAUUGUGGGCGGCUACGACACGACCGCCACCGUGUUAAUGUACACACUUCUACUGCUGGGAUCCCACCCUGAAGUGCAGGAGAAGGUCUACCAGGAAUUAAAAGUGGUGCUUGGUGACUCAGAUCGUGACGUGGAGAAACACGAUCUUUCCCAACUGGUGUACUUGGAGGCAGUUCUAAAGGAGAGCCUGAGAUUAUACCCGAUUGGGCCGGUGCUGGGCAGGCGGCUGGACAAGAACGUGCAAUUGAAGAACUACACGCUAGCAGCUGGGCGGUCCUGCUUUUUGCUUUUGUUUGGGAUUCACAAGCAUCCCAUGUGGGGAGCAGACGUGGACCAGUUCAAUCCCGACCGGUGGAUGGAUCCGGCUAGUUUACCAGACAACCCUAACGCAUUCGCUGCCUUCAGUUUGGGGAGGAGGAUGUGUAUAGGCAAAACCUACGCGUACAUGUCGCUGAAAACAACCCUCGCUCAUGUUCUCCGAAAAUACCGCUUCAAUGGUGACCACACACAACUGGAACUCAAAUUUGUCGUGUUGCUGAAGCCAACGUCAGGUUACUACGUCAGCAUUGAGGAACGGCUUUAG